UAUUAUUAUUAUUAUUAUUAUUAUUAUUAUUAUUAUCAUCAUUAUGAAAUGGAUACUUUCAGAAACACGACGUUUACCGAUUACUAUUCGAUUAUUACAAUGAAAACACGUCUAUGUAUACAGUUACGUAACAACAUUACACGCUAUUGUACUAACUAGAAAAUUAUAUAUAUAUACAUACAUACAUACAUAUAUGCAUAUGCAUGUGCAUACACAGAAUCGAUCAUGAACAGUACAUAUAUACGUAAAUACAAGAAAUAUAUAUACACAUAUAUAUAUAGCGAUUGUAUAAUUUUAUAUAUAUACAUAUCGAGAGGUAUUUCGAAAAAUAAUAUUACUGGCUCUUCAGUCCUUCGAUCACCUUACUCCAUCUUCACACUGUACAAUGCUCUCUUCCUUAUCUCUAUGACAAUUUAAAACCGGCAUUAAUAACCUUUGUUAAUAUAUAUGGUAAUUAUAUUUUGAGCGCUUACAAAUUUAAAAAAAAAAAGGAGUCACACAGGCGGUCGUGUUUCAUACGCUUCUGCAUUAUAGAUAAUUUUUUUUGUUUUUCUCCAUUUUCUCCCUCUUGUUAUUGUCGUCGUUUAUUAUUCACUAUUACUAUUAUUAUUGUACUAGUAAUAAAUUACAAGAAUUGAAUAAUUUAGCGCUCCUUCCAAGGAAUACAACGUACGCUGUACUUAUAAUAAUUUGUAUACGUACGUAAAAUAUAUCUGCAAUCACGCACAGAGCGCAGACGCACAUUCGAAAUGCGCUGAUCUUAGCGCGCAAAGCUGGUUUAACGUGGAAAGUGAAAAGUCUCUAGAUAAAUAUCCCUAGGCAUCGAAACUUGGCAGGUGUUCGUUUACAGGUGCUCAGUCGGCCAGUGCUGGCCCGUGCGGCGUAUUCGUGUGGUCGGGAGUUCGCGCUUCUCGUACGAGAUCUCAUUGUGAAUGCGUUUUAUUCGGAUAUUUGAUUUAUCUUUUCUCAUGGUGAAAAAAAAGGUCUGGAAGUGUUGCGAAGUUUGAAUAAAAAGCUCAAUGACGAUGCUUCGACUGGGUCUGGUAUCAAGGAGAAUCGGUUGCCAGCAGAACCGCCGAUCGUCGACAUAAAAAUUUACCAGGAGUUGUUCAAGUUGUAACAUCGCGCUACCACGGGAGUGAAGGCUUCUCAGGAAAUCGUAGCUGGAUAUUAUGCUAAUCACAGCGCGGUCAGAAUGCGGGAGGAAGAGCUCGAGAUAUCACUCAAGAGUCGAUGCCGAAGACGUACGACUGAUGCUGUGGGACACUGCAGGCCAGGAAGAGUUCGAUGCAAUUACUGCUGCCUACUACAGGGGUGCUCACGCUUGCGUGCUCGCAUACUCAGCCACGGACAGAGACUCCUUCGACGCUAUUCCCUCGUGGAAGUUGAAGGUGGAAAAUGAGUGUGGAGAAAUUCCUACGGUGCUGGUACAGAACAAGAUGGAUCUGAUCGAUCAGUGCGUCAUAGACCCCGAAGAAGCCGAGCGACUUGGCAGAGCCCUGGGAUGUAAACUGCUGCGAACCUCUGUGAAGGAGGACGUCGGCGUCGUAGGCGUCUUCAGGCACCUGGCAUCGAGAUGCCUUCACGAGAUGCGUCGCUGCGAGGACGACUUUCAGGACGACUUGAGACUCUAUUCAGCUGGACCGAGGUCGCCCUCUGUAAUAAGUGCCUUCAGUCCGAAUGGUUCAACGGGUGGACGCAGUGCCGGAAAUGGUACGAUCGUCCUGCGACCUGGUGGGAAAACGACGCGGCAUCACAAGAAAAAGAAUUUUGUCAAGAACGCCUGCAGGCUUCUCUAAUGUACCUCAAUCUUCUUCGCCUGAAAAGAAAAAGUGUGUUCUUUGAUAGACGGGAAUCAAAAGUCAGCAAGAACUUUCGCGAUAAUCAAAUACAAUAUUGCUGUGACGACGGCGCCACUGACCAAUGGAAAAGGAAGACGGGAAUAAGAAAGAAUAAAGAGGGAGGCUUUCGCGUAUAAGGAUUAUUGUAAUUUUCGUGGACGCUUUUUGUUACUUUUCAAAAUCAAAAAAUAGCUCUUACUGUCCAAUGGAGUAUUGUCGACGAAAGGACAAGGAGAAUACUUUAAUGCGAUAGCCUCCACAAGAAAGAGAGUACCUUUGCUAGCAUAAGAAGCCAAUUUGUAAAUAUGUAUUUUAUCAACGUACGUAGCUAUUAUCAUUGAAGGAGUGACUAACCGGUUUUUUUAUUGAUUUUUUAUAUUGGCACAACGCGACUAGUGACUCCAGGCCCGAUAGGAGGAUUCACACGGUAAUAUCAUAUUUCGUGCCGUUAUCCAAACCUCUCCUACUUGUGUAGGCGAGAUAUACGUACAGGCACGUUCGCAAUGCUGUACCGUCGCCCACGUUUGCAGAAGAUGCUGCAGUCGCAGUCAUCCGAAGGAUGCACGUUUGUCGUCGCGUGAAUAAUUUGUCUCAAUGCGCUGAUCGACAAGGUACAAUAACAUUAUACGUAGGUGAAUGUGAGAGCGCAGUAAUUAACCAAAUAUAAAUAAAUCCUUAAGAAUGAAUCACUGAAACAAUUA